GGAGCGCGGCAGUGGCGGCGACGGCGACGCGGCCCUUCCCGGCGGAGCGGCGCGGCCCGGGGAUCCCGGGGGCUCCGGUGGGUGCCGCCGGGAAUGUCCGCCCCGGUUCAGCCGGUCGCUCCCGGCUCCUUCCAGAGCCCCCGGAGGCUCCCGAAGCGCAAGAGCCGCUUCAAGCGCUCGGACGGCAGCACUUCGUCCGACACCACCUCCAGCAUCCUCCGCAGGCAGGGCUCGGCGGACUCCUACACCAGCCGCCCCUCCCUGGACUCCGACGUGUCCCUGGAGGAGGACCGUGAGGGUGCCAGGCGCGAAGUGGAGAGCCAGGCUCAGCAGCAGCUGGAGAGGGCCAAGCACAAGCCAGUCGCCUUUGCCGUCCGCACCAAUGUCAGCUACUGCGGGGCGCUGGACGAGGAGUGCCCGGUGCAGGGAGCCGCCAUCAACUUCGAAGCCAAAGAUUUCCUGCACAUCAAGGAGAAAUACAGCAAUGAUUGGUGGAUUGGGCGCCUAGUGAAGGAGGGGGGGGACAUCGCCUUCAUCCCCAGCCCCCAGCGCCUGGAAGCCAUGAGGCUCAAACAGGAGCAGAAAGCCAGGAGAGCUGGCAACAUCUCGGGCCUUGGCGACAGCGGGAACCGGCGAUCGCCUCCCCCCUCCUUAGCCAAGCAGAAGCAGAAGCAGACACAGCACAUCCCACCCUACGAUGUGGUCCCCUCCAUGCGGCCUGUGGUGCUGGUGGGGCCCUCGCUGAAAGGCUAUGAGGUCACCGACAUGAUGCAGAAAGCUCUCUUCGACUUCCUCAAGCACAGAUUCGACGGCAGGAUCUCCAUCACUCACAUCACGGCUGACCUCUCGCUGGCCAAACGCUCCAUCCUCAACAACCUGGGCAAGCAGGCGAUCCUGGAGCGCUCCACCGCCCGCUCCAGCAUCGCCGAGGUGCAGAGCGAGAUCGAGCGCAUCUUCGAGCUGGCCAAGUCCCUGCAGCUGGUGGUGCUGGAUGCCGACACCAUCAACCACCCUGCCCAGCUGGCCAAGACCUCCCUGGCACCCAUCAUCGUCUACGUCAAGGUCUCCUCGCCCAAGGUCCUCCAGCGACUCAUCAAGUCCCGCGGCAAGUCCCAGGUGAAACAUCUCAACGUGCAGAUGAUGGCAGCCGACAAACUGGUGCAGUGCCCCCCGGAGCUCUUCGACGUCAUCCUGGACGAGAACCAGCUGGAGGAUGCCUGCGAGCACCUGGCCGAGUACCUGGAGGUUUACUGGCGAGCCACACACCACCCCCCGCACGCCCCCCACGCCGUGCCCUCACCCACCGGCCUGCCCGGCCUGCAGAGCCAGCAGCUGCUGGGGGAGCGUGGGGAGCACUCACCGCUGGAACACGACAGCCUCAUGCCCUCGGAUGAGGCUGGGGAGACUUCCCCCCAACCCUGGGGGGGAGCCACGUCUCAGCGUAGCUCCCGGCACAUGGAAGAGGAAGAGGAGGAGUACGGAGACCCUUACCCCGACAUCUACCAGCCCCACCGGCACCACAACAGCGGCAUGCAGGGCUCCGGCGCGUCCGAACGCCAACCCGAGCGCAACCACGACCGCAGCUGGCAGCGCAGCCGGCCCUGGGCCAAGGACAGCUACUAAAGGGGUGGGGGAAGGGAAAAGGGGCAGAGGGGCACGGCUGGGAACCGGCCCCACCCCCUCACCUCCCCCCACCGCCUCAAGUCCUGCUCUGAGAGUUUCUCUCCUCCUCCUCCUCCUCUCCUCCACAGCCCCUCGCUGGGGGUGCUCAGACAAUCUCCUGCUCUCGGGGAAACUCCUCCAGGCAGCUUCCUCCAGCCCCGGGCAACGUCUUCAGCCAUAAGCACAGUGUAGGGGCAUGGGGGAGAUGGAAAGGGGGGGGGGUGGGCAGGAUGCCCUGAGGCAUCAUUCCCCUCCCCCCCUCUUCAACAAGCUCUUGGGGACCUGGGGACAGUCAUCUGCCUUCUCCUCCCUGCCUCAGUUUCCCUGCUUGGCAUCAACUCUUCCCUCCCCCCCCAGCAUCGCAGGUUGCCUCAUUCCCUGCAGGGGCAGUGGCCAUAAGCAGACGGUGCCACCCCCACCCCCACCUGCCCCCUUAAAAAGACCUGCGGGUUGCAGAGGUCACACAGGCAGAGUUUUACAUCCCCCACCCCUACCCCGAGGAUUGAGGAAGAAGAGGAAGGUGCCAGCCCCCACCCCUGCCCCUCUGCAUGGACCCCCUGGCAGGAGGGGCCUGCACCGAUCGCUUCGCUCCGCACCGACGUCCACCUCGUCCUGCUCACCGCAGUCCAACCCCUUCCUGACCCCCCCCCUAAACCCUGUAGGGGAACAGGGCGGGGUCUGGCCGGCCCCCGCAUGUGGCAGGGGGGGCGGGGUGGGGGCUCCUCCACACCUGCAUUUGCUGCCCUUUGUGUCCCCAUCUCUCCCUUCCCCCGGUAGCUGUCAGCGCACGUCACAGGUCCUGUAAAUAGGUCCCCACUGCCCUGGGUUGGGGUCGCUCGGGCAGAGGGUCUGACCCCCUCCCCCCCCCGCCCACGGCCUCCCCUCCGACCCUGCCACCACCGAGGACCUUCCUGGGGGGGUGAGUGGCACAGAUUUGUUACAAUUUCUUUUGUAGAAAGCACCAAUUUCCCUGUAACCGGUUUCGGAAACACAAAAGAAGUGCUCGGA